GUAAAUAAAAUGUAAGGGUGCACACUGCACAUCUGGAUACAAGGAAACCAAAGAAGGCAUUUGUUGACUUAAAAUCCAGAGGAAUAUUGAUAUGAAUUCCUGAAGUAACUUUAGAAGAGUAGGACAGAGCCCUACACUGUAGAGAAAAGUUCAAAAAGAAGAACACGAGGCUCGGAACACUCUGCAGGCUGCUACACAGAUGUGUCGGCUCGGCAAGCUCGAAAAGGCCGGCAAGCUGUUUGAGCACGCGCUGGCGCUCAGUCCGCGGCACCCGGACGUGCUGACUGAGUAUGGCGAGUUCCUCGAGCGAUCCGACGUCACCCGCGCCAACCACCUGUAUACGCGCGCGCUCAUCUUCGCACCGGACCACUCUCGCGCCCUGCAGAACCGCCAGCGCACGCAGCCCGUAGAACAGAAUGAUCUGUCGCAGCUAGAGCGCAUCGACCGCAAGCGAGAUGAGCUCGCGGCGAUUCCGGAGUCAAGCGCGGCGCUGCGGAUAAAGAAGGAGGCGUACUUUCAGCAGAUCCACCACACGGCCGGCAUUGAGGGAAACACGAUGACGCUGGCCGAGACGAGAACCAUAGUGGAGACUCGCAUGGCGGUCGGCGGACGCAGCGUCAUGGAGCACAACGAAAUCCUGGGCCUGGACGCGGCCAUCAAGUACAUCAACACCACGCUGGUGAACCGCGUCGGUGCGAUAACGCUCGACGAUCUGCUGCAGAUCCACCGCCGGGUGAUGGGCCACGCCGAUCCGACCGCGGCUGGCGAGCUGCGCACCAACCAGGUGUACGUUAGCGAGCACGUGCCGCCGCCGCCCGGACGCAUCCACACUCUUCUGGAGAGCUUCAUCGAGUGGCUGAACGCUCCUGAAACGUUAUCACUCCACCCCGUCAAAUACGCAGCGCUGGCGCACUACAAGCUGGUCUUCAUCCACCCAUUCUCCGACGGCAACGGGCGCACCUCGCGUCUGCUGAUGAACCUGAUCAUGAUGCAGGCCGGCUAUCCUCCGGUCAUCAUCCGGAAACAGGAUCGCUACAUCUACUACCGUACCCUGCAGCUGGCGAAUGAGGGUGACGUGCGGCCUUUCGUGCGCUUCAUCGCGGAAUGCGCCGAGAAAACGCUGGAUGUGUACGUGUGGGCGACCCGCGAGUACGUUCAAAAGAUCGGCGACGAGACCGAGCGCAGCCCCGCCACCGCGCGUCACGAACAGGCGGAGGACGACUUCGUCCGCAACUUCAACGGUGAUGACUUGGUGAGACUGCGGACACCCAGCGCACAUCGCGAACCUCAGGAGCUGCCUAUUGACGAGAUUCGUCUGGGCGCUUCUGGUCCGCAGCUGGUUGAGCCGCUGGUGCAGGUGAUUGACGAUGAGCCCACUCAGGUGUCGGUUGGUGGCAGGAGAGACAUGGUGGAGCAGGAGCCAGAUAAGGGACGGAGUGAACCCACCCAUGUGUCGGCUGGGAGUAGGACAGACGUCACAGAUCAGGGGACGUUAGUGGAGAGCAGCGAGCUGAGUGGACGGACUAGUGAGCCGGGGUCAUAG